UCAGUUGUUGUUCAAAGGUUGACGUAUAAAGAAUCCAGCUGUACUGGUUGUUGUAUAGGCAUCAAUAGAGCCAAUAAUCUUGGAAUUGAAGCAAAGGAGCGGCCGUUGUGACAGACAGUAUGGUGAAAAUUCGCCCUCUUUCGGAUGCACUCAGCAAGAAAGCUCAUCUGGAGUUGAACGAACGACCCGAACGCAUCGAGGAAGAUUUGAACGCCCUACGGCAAUGGAUCGCCAAGAGUCCCCACAUCCGAUCGCGGAUCGAUGAUCAGUUUCUGGUUUGCUUCCUCAGAGGAUGUAAGUACAGUCUGGAGCGAGCGAAGGAAAAACUGGACAUGUUCUACACUGUCAGAACAAUGUCACCGGAGCUGAUUCGGUCCCGGGAUCCGCUGGAUCCAAAGAUUCUAGAAAUAAUCCGGCUUGGUGUCGGACUUCCGCUUCCGAACACGGAAACUCCCGAUUCACCCCGAGUGCUGUUGAUUCGGCCUGCUGCCUACGAUCCGAGUUGCUUCACUAUUGAGGAGGUGAUACGUAUUAGUACCAUGGCAAAUGAUAUAAUGAUGAUUGAAGAUGACAAUUUUGUAAUAGCUGGACAGAUUGGAAUUUUGGAUCUGGCCAAUGUGACAAUGGCUCACUUUCUACAGUUUACGCCGAGCUUUGUGAAGAAAAUGACAAUGAUGAGCCAGGAAGCAUCCCCGUUGCGGCAGAAAGGAUUCCACUAUAUCAAUACUCCACACGGGUUUGAAGUUGUGUUUAAUAUGUUCAAAACAUUCAUGAGCGAGAAAAACAAAUCUAGGCUUUACGUUCACGGACAUGAUCUGGACUCACUGUAUCGACACGUUCCCAAACGAUUGCUUCCAUUAGAAUAUGGAGGAGAUGCCGGACCAAUACAGGACAUUAUCGAUCAAAGCGUAGAAAAAAUGUUAUCCUACCGCGACUACUUCCUGCAAGAAGACCAGUAUGGAACUGAUGAGAGCAAACGACCAGGGCGACCAAGAAGUGCUGAAAGCCUGUUCGGUGUUGAAGGAUCCUUUCGGAGACUCGAAGUGGAUUGAGUUUCUAGACCCGGCGUACUCUGUAAUAAUAUACUCAUGUUUUUAAAUAUAUCCAGACGACUGUAGUUUGCUGUUUUUAA